AUGAAGUUAUUAAUCAUUUUCGCCAUAUUUGCUAUUAUUUGCUUGGUAAAAUCAGCACCAUCGUCAACACCAUCUGCUCGACAACCGGCUGUAGUAGAUGAUGACGAUGCAGCAUUGCCUCAUGAAGAUGAUGGCAGUGCCAUUAACCGUAACAAUGACGAUGAUGACGAUGAAGAUGAUGACGAUGAUGAAAUCGAUACAACAACAACGACGACGACGACGACAACAACCACUCGCCGUUCAACUUUUACAUUUCCUGCGCGACGUACUUCACCAUCAAAAUCAUCACGCAGAAUCAAAGCUUCAACGACACCUCGAACAACAACCAUUGAUAUUGACGAAAUCAUUGAUGAACACGAGAACUCCGGCACUUUCGAAGGCGAUUUCCGAUAUUUCCGAAAUGUUCGUGAAUUCGUCAAGAAAAUCAUUGACGAUUUGAAAAAACUCAUCAAAAACAUCAAUUUACAAGAUAUCUUGAGAGUUAUUCAACAAUUCUUCGUCAAAAAAGAAGAAGACUGA